GGAAAGCCAGCUCAUGCACCAGGGGUAGAUCCUGGUCCCACUGUGAGGGGCCCCUCAAGCAGACCAAGCUACACAACUGUCUCCCGUAUGCAGAUGGCCUCAUUAGAUGGCCAUGCAUAUUCCACAGGUGUUGGUCUAAAGUUCAUGAGUUCCUACCAGCUUGGUUCAGUUGUCUCUGUAGAUUUCCCCAUCAUGAUCUUGACCCCCCUUGUGCCUGUAUGGACAGUUGUGAGCUGCCAUGUGGAUGCUGGGAAUUGAACCCGGGUCCGCUGGAGGAGCAGUCAGCGCUCUUAACCGCUGAGCCAUCUCUCUUUUCUAUUGCUCUGCUUUCAAUAAAGUUUCCUUGCUACUUUUACAGAUCUGUGUGGGCUGUUCAGUGUUACCACCAGAACAAGAUUGUAGGCCACAAUUCCAAGCCAUUUUGGUUGCUAAUCCUAAACUGGUAUUCUCUGAAGUAGCAACACAGCUGAAGGAAGAGGCAUUUUUUCUAAAACUGAAUUUUGACAUGAUAUGCAUCCCAGAACAAAGCAAUCCCAUUUUAUUAUUGGGAUUCAAACUUUUACCUCAAAGUGUUACUCAGUGGGGGAGCACUUAUUGGCAGGCAAGCACCAAUCCGAAUCCAACCCACCCCAGCUUAACACCACUGCCUCAAACUCAACUUCCUUUUGAGUGUAUUCUCAAGACUGAUGAGGUCCCAGCUGGGAACUGCAGCUGACAUCCCUGUGGGGGGGUAUCAUCUAGCCUGUCUAUUUUGUGGUUGAACCUGCUUGUUUUUGGGUAGAAAUCUUUUUCAAGAGACCAAUCAGCUCAGAUAGCUAGAUGCAGCUUUCUAGGUCUGGAGAAACCACUGUAUGAGCCUGCAGGAGAGAAUAGCGUGUACACAGAAAAGUAGUGAGAACCACGGACCUUCUUUCUUGAGAUUGGGUCUCACCAUGUAGUUCUGGCUGCCCUGGAACUCACUCUGUAGACCAGGUUGGCCUGGAACUCACAGAGAUCCACCUGCCUCUGCCUCCCAAGUGCUGGGUUUAAAGUCAUGCACCAAUACACCCAGCAGACUUUCUUUUUAAGACAGGGUUUCCUGUAAGGCUUUGGUCUCACUGAAAACUUGCUGUGUUUUAAGUGCUAAUUACUCUAAUUUACACUAAGUGUUCAGAAACAGUGUAUUCUAGGUCAUUUUUUUCUCUCUUGCCUUGCAGCAGGAAGUGCUCAGAUAUUGAAAACACACACACCGUCACACGUGCGAAUAAAAUGAGGAAACAGUUUGAUGGGAACUUGGAAAUCACAUGACUGUUACUGAAUCUGAGCAACAGUGGAUCUGCAACUCCUCCGACGCAACUCUUUCCUACAGUUACUGUGAUAACAUGAAAUUCCCUGUUACGAUUACUGUUGAACCGUGUAUAACAUUGAAGGGAACCAGUGGAUUUAUAUAUAUCAAGUUUAUUCCAAGGAGAGACUUAAAAAAAUUAUAUUUCAACCUCUCCAUCAAUGUCAACUCUGUAGAGGUGCCAACGCGCAAAGAAGUCAUUUGCCAUGGAUAUGAUGAUGAUUAUUCUUUUUGCAGAGCUCUGAAAGGAGAGACUGUGAAUACAGCAGUAUCAUUUUCCUUCAGGGGAAUAUUAUUUUCUAAGGGCCAGUACAGAUGUGUUGCAGAAGCCAUUGCAGGGGAUAAUGAAGAGAAGCUAUUUUGUUUGAAUUUUACUGUCAUUCACCACCCUAAUGUCAAUUAGAAUAAAUUGUGAAUAUAUAUGUAUUUAUUUUU